CACCACACCAAGCCCGCAUCAUCCCCUCCACGACGGGCAACGCCCGGGCGCCCGUCCUCCUCAUCUACCACGUCUGGGGCUUCUACCCCACCGAGGUGACCGUCACCUGGCUGCACAACGGGGACAUCUUGGGCCCCGGUGAGCACCUCCCCAUCCCCAACGGUGAUUGGACCUACCAGAUGCAGGUCACCUUGAUGGCGGCCCUGGUGGCUGGAAACACAUUCACGUGCUCGGUGCAACAUGCCUGCCUGGACCAGCCCCUACUGGAGCACUGGGGUCUCGGCUUGUCCCCAGGGCUGACGGUGAAGAUGGCCGUGGCCACAGUGCUGAUGGUGUUGGGACUCAGCACCUUCAUCGCCGGCCUCUACCAGUAUCGGGCCAGGCCACCGGCACCGGGUCGGCACAUCCAGCCCAUCCCUGCCUCCCCUGCAG